UGAUAUACUCACAUUUGCAUGUUUUCAAACUGCUAGGUUGGCAGAAGGUGGAGCUAACAGCGGGUGCUCACUCCGCUUCCUGGAUUUGAAUCUGGGACCUUUCAGUCUGCAAGUUCAGCAGUUCAGCGCUUUAACACACUGAGCUAGGAGAGUCUGUUACAAGAUGUCAAUGUAGCAUUUGGGACCUGCAUAUUUUAUUGGAGUGUGAACAAUUCAUACUAAUUGGUGUUGAGCUUAGCUAUUCCAAGGAUUGCUCUUUGGUAACCCUACACUGCAUGACACUGAGUUGUGUGGCUGCAUCCUGAUCAGAGAGUGACUAAGACCGUGACCUGGACCAAGGCUGCUCUGAGUCAGUGGUGAGGUCAGCUGGAGAAACUGAAGUAGAAAAUAUAACUUCAGCACACCCAAAUGGGCAAGUCAAGUGAGAGAGACAUUGUUUUAUGCACCAUUGAAAGGCUGAAGUAACGGUCUUGAAUGGGAAGAGGAGCUGUGAGCAUACCUCGCAGUUUGUUUGUGGUUUGGUCAACUUCAGAAUACUCAACGCAAGAUGUAUGCCAGCCAUGAGGAUAUUGGCUAUGAAUUUGGAGAUGAGUCCAAAGAGAGGGAGAAGAAACUUAGGUCAGAUCCAGACAUUGAUGGAGGAUGGGCAUGGAUGAUUGUACUGUCUUCUUUCCUGGUACAUGUACUCAUCAUGGGAUCGCAAAUGGCCCUUGGGAUUCUCAACAUGGAAUGGCUUGAGGAAUUCAGCCAGAGUCGAGGCUUGACAGCAUGGGUCAGCUCCCUCAGUAUGGGCAUUACCUUGAUUGUUGGUCCUUUUAUUGGUCUCUUCAUCAACACCUGUGGAUGCCGGAAGACUGCAAUAACUGGAGGAAUCUUGACUGCUUUAGGAUGGAUAUUAAGUUCCUAUGCUUCAAACGUGCAUUACCUUUUUAUUACAUUUGGAGUGACAGCUGGAAUUGGGAGUGGCAUGGUGUAUCUGCCUGCUGUAGUCAUGGUAGGAGAAUAUUUUCAGAAGAGAAGAGCACUUGCCCAGGGACUCAGCACAACUGGGACAGGGUUUGGUACUUUCCUGAUGACAUUUUUGCUGAAGUAUCUUUGCAUGGAGUUUGGCUGGCGGAACGCAAUGUUUAUCCAGGGCGCAAUCUGUUUGAACUUAUGUGUUUGCGGAGCACUCAUGAGACCCAUUUAUUACAAGGAGGAAGCUACUCAAAACAGUGGCGAGAGAAACAACUGCCAAAGUAAGAGUCAUGCGAAAGCUCUCUCCUGCUCUGCAGAAACACUGACAUCUAACGGCAUCUUCAGGGAAGAUGAAAAAGAGACAAAUGAAGGACAAAGUGAGGUUGAAAAGCUUGGCAACCUUCCAGCCUUGGAAAACAAAGAUGUAGCUGGACAUGGGAAAAAUAUCUAUGCUCUUUGUAUUCUGAAGACAGUGAGCCAACUAAUGGUUACCAUACAGAAAGGUUUUGGUCUGUGGUACUCUAGCUACUUUGGAGCGGCAUCUCUCUUUACCAAUGGAAGAUUUGCAGCCUUUGUUUUUUGGGCCUUAUUUGCAUAUAGCACUUUUGUAAUCCCUUUUAUUCAUCUCCCAGAAAUAGUGAAACAGUAUCACCUAUCUGCACAGAAUGAUAUUUUUCCAUUGACCUCAAUGAUUGCAAUUGUACACAUUUUUGGGAAGGUCAUCCUUGGCAUUAUUUCCGAUUCCACCUGUAUCAGUGCUUGGAAUGUUUUCAUGAUAGCAAAUUUUACACUUGUCGCCUGUAUUUUUAUUUUGCCAUUAAUGCACACGUAUGCUGGACUGGCAGUGGUCUGUGCCCUAAUAGGAUUUUCCAGUGGAUAUUUUUCACUCAUGCCUGUUGUAACAGAAGAUUUAGUGGGGAUUAAACAUCUUGCUAAUGCCUAUGGAAUCAUAAUAUGUGCCAAUGGAAUUUCAGCAUUGCUGGGGCCUCCAUUUGCAGGAUGGAUUUACGAUCUCACACAAAAAUAUGACUUUUCUUUCUAUAUAUGUGGCUUACUUUAUAUGAUGGGAAUACUAUCUUUGCUUAUUCAGCCUUGUAUUGGCAAGAAAAAGCAAACACCAGAGAAAAGCACAGAAAAUGGAAAAGUAUAGGACACUUUAAUGUUUUAGAGGGAUUGUCAUUGUUUUGUUUUUGUUUCCUGAGAACAAUUACAAACAGCAUCUGAUGUGAUUUACUUGACUGAAUUAUACCAAAUUUGGAUACUAAAUAAACUUCACACUGCCAUUAUCAAUGGAUUGAAGGAAAAUACUCUUUAGAUCAUGGUACAUGUAAGGUGUUCUAUUCUAAAGAAGAACAUUCCCAUGUCUGCACAAUGGAGUAUGUUGAUCUGCAAGUGAAUACUUUUAUUACCUGGGCUUGUUCCAAGCAUUGCUCAACGGACUCAUUUACUUCCGAUUUACUCUAAGGGGUAAGAAUUAGUCCCAUUAGGAAUCAUUGCAGUGAAAAUAAUUCCCAUUGAAUAUUCCAACUGAUAAUGACUUCUUGAACAGAAGCCAACUGACUGUUCAUGAUAAUAGGUACACAUGUAAAUGACAAUUUUAUUUCUUUGAAGAUCUCAUAAUUGUAGCAAUUUAGGCUUUAAAGACAGAAUAAAUCAUUUGUGCCUACUGCCACAAUGCAAAUAAUUGAAUUCAAGCUACCUAAAAUAACCUUGAGAUGCUAACACAGGAAAUUAGUACAAUGGUGACAAAUGUUAAAAGCUUUAAGUGAUUAUCAAUGGGGAGAUGUGUCCUGGUUCUUGGGAUUAAAGGAUCAGUGGCCAGGCUGGAAGAUCUACUGCUGCUAAUUUCUUAUGUGCUUAACUAAAGGUAGCUGCUGGCUGUGAGAAGUCUGACAGGGUCAGCAAUUUUUAUUCAGCUUUGAUUGACAGCUGACUUUAGGUCUUCCAUGCAAUAGAUACACCCAAUUCCAAUGCUACUUGCAUUAGCAUACCGUAAGAGAUUAGUGGAAUAUUUAUCAGCAGACUUUAUUCACUUCCAUUCAUAACAUAAUAAUCUUCAUAGCAUCAGUGAAAGUCACACAAAGGUAUUGUUUAUAUGUGAUAUACAGAUCAGAGCACACCUCUUUCUCAAAUAUGUCUCUUUCCUCAUAUAGUUGUUGCAGCAUGUGUUCUAAAAGCAGGUUGAUUCUUCAACUGUGAACUCACACAUAUGGGAAUACAUUUGGACACUUUUAGCUAGAUUAUUCAGCUCACCUCAGCGUAUCCACUCACACCCCAUGACCCUACCACACUUACUCAGCACGGUUCCUGUUCAAACUUCCUCAGUUCUAUUUUUGUCAGAGCUGCCAAUAAGCAAGGAAACUAAGCAUAGCAAUUGGGGGAGAUAAAUUGACCAUUCACAGAAACAGCUACAGGAAGCAUGCUGAUUUUCUUCUAUGUAGUCCCUGUGACUCAGACAUAUGAAAGACUAGCAAAUUGCCCUGGAUGGAGGUGCAACCACUGAAAUGCAGACAAGCUAAAGAAAGUGAAAUCUCUCGCCCAAGCAUCAACUCUAUAGUGAUUUAGAAAGCUUGGUGAUUGAGCUCGAGUAGCUGUAUAGACACAUAGGCCAUGAAUGUAGAGGAAGUGGAGACUGUUCUUUCAGAAUGGGAAUGAAUACAGGAAGACUCCAUCUUUCUGGCAGGCUAAUGAGAUGGUAGUAGCCACCUGCUUGGAAAUUCACUGCAAAUAAGGAUUUUCUGUUGACCAAUUGAUACAGCAGGAAAGAGCAUACCUGAAAUCUAACAAGUGCAAAAUUUGCUAUCUAUGGAUGGUGGUUGGAAAGAAGGAUUUAUGGAUGGGGUUGGAAUGAAAGCUAGAAGCAAAAACUUCUGAGACAAAUGAAAAGAGAAAGUUUUUGAAGAAAAGCUGCAUCUUGAAACAGGGUCACAAGAGGUGAUGACCAUAAGAAACAGUCUUUCAAGUGACAAGUGACAAGUCGCAUGAGGUUCAGAAGGAUGCCUCAUUAAUUUAGAGAGAAGCAGCUCUAAAUCCUACACAAAAAUGAACGUUUCAAGAUAGAAAAGUGUUAACCAAACUUUUGAAAAAAACCUUGAACAAAGUGUGCACAAAUGAAGAUGAGAAGACUCAAGAUCAAACAUCAAGGCAGCAGCCACACAAACUCUGAAGAAAUGCAGAAGAUACUAAGGAAGACAGAAACGGAAGAAUAUGAUUUAUGAACACUUGAUGCCAGUUUUCAUGCAUGUCACUGAGAAAAGUGAAGAAGCGCCUCCAUUUAUAGCUGUACAAAAGUGAUGUCCCGAACAAUGCACUAAUCCCAGAAUUUAACUGUGAUUGAGAAGAAUCCAGGAGUGGAUGCCUCUUUGAUUGAUCAAAUGAAAAAAAUACUGUUUUGUUGUCUGUUGUGAUCUUAACAUGGUUGGCAAGAAAGGCUGUACAAGCCUUGACCAUAGUGAGUAACCCAAGAAAGUUGAUGUAGUUCUUCUCUUGAGGAAACAAGUGCUUCGCAGGUGAGCUCCCCAAGUCGUGGCUAGAUACAUCUCUUGUCACUAUAUUUGUUUCAAGAUGGAGAAUGUGAUAUCCACAAGUAUAAUCUACUAGAUAAGAGACCCUGAACUGAGAUUGUGGGGCAGAGACUCGCCAGAAGAUCAUCUAAUUCCAGGAUGAAGAGAGAAAUCAGACCUGGAGAGUCUGCAUUUAAAGCCAAGAGCUGGGGGACCUGCAUGCUCUUUGCUCACAUGGUCAGAGCAUAAUGUGGGCAAGAGAGCAGCCUCCAUAAUCUGGUGCAUCCUGUUGAGAGGCUGGUAGGCUCUGCCAGAAGGAGAGCCCAGCAUGAUACCAAUGUACUGGAUUGGAUGCAACUCUUGUUUUCCUAGUGUUCACAAGGAGACCAAGAUAAUGAAAUGUGUAAUAUAAAAUUUGCAGUAGAGUUUGGUUUGGGAAUAUGUCCAAAAUCAACAGAAAGGAAAUUAUAUCUAUCCUUACACUUUUUCUUGCCCUUCUCCAUAUGGUUCUGUCCUGUGUGGUAGAAGCAGAACUAGACCGUGAGAGCUGAAUUAUUUAGAUUCCUCUAUUAUCUCCAGCAGGAAAUCUUUAAGUACACAUUAAAUACAAACACAUUUUUAAAAAUCUGAAGACUACUUUUUAUAUACAUAAAAUGAGCUUUGUGUAGGACAGUUUCUAGUGGACUAGCAGUAGUAAUAAGAAUAUUUAUCAUCUUCUGGUGUUCAACUAGAACUUCCAUCCCUAAGCAUUUCUCUUGCCUAUGGCAAAUACAUGACUGUAAGCUCACUAAGAGUUAACAUAGAAAACGAGAUGAAAGGGAUCAGCAGCUACCUCCCACCAUUACCUGGUGCUUCUUUAGUACAAAUACCAGCUCCCUGAGUGGCCUUGUAUAGAAGAAGUAUGAAUAAUGUGUAGUUUAGCCUUUAGUGUGCUGGAUGUUACUAUUACGCAGUAUAUUAUCUAUGUAUGAAACAAUUGUCUCUUGCCAUUCUCAGUUCUGUGGCAGCCAGAAAGAAUAUUUUAGCAUGGUACUUACUGUCUUUAAUAUCUUCAUUUUACAACAUUCCCAAAGGUUUUACUGUCCAGAAAAUGCUUCUAGUGGGAUUCUUUAACUUCAUUUCUGAUUUACUGUUGUGUAAUUUAAAGCUAUACCCUUAAUAGCAUAAAAUCAACUGUGAAUCAUGGAGUCAGUUUCCCAGGGACAGGCUAUGGCACUAUUGGCCUAUCUUUGUGGGAAAAAAAUAUCUUGUUGUAGACUUAACUUCUUGGAGCAUAAUAUAAAAUGUUUGCUAGAAACAUGUGAAGUCAGAACAUAUGUCGUGCAAAAUGAAGAUGUCUUUCCUAUACUGUGGUGUGUUAGGAUCUGUACAAGACAGAACACCAGCAAAAAUGUUAUGUGCAUUACUUUAAUAUAUUUCUCAAAAACCCAUGAGAACAUGAUGGGGCAUACUGAACAAGUUAACUGCUUGUUUGAGGGGAGCAUAUAGAGAUUUUCACACAUAUGUAUUCCUUUCCUAUGCAAGGACCCUGGAUACUAACCUAAAAUGUGGCAUCAGAAGAAGAUAGAAAGCAGCUGAUCUUUUUCCCCCUUUAAAAUUAUACAUAGUGAUAUAUACUGGAUCAAAGAAGCUUUUUUAAAUUCUCUCAUUUCCAAAUCAGGGGACGUUCCUGCUUCAGAAUACUAUGUCUCCUUGUAACUUUGUGCUCUCUUGAAGUUCCCUCACACUCCCAUAGGGAAGCUGCCUUGCACAGGAGAACUACUGUAAGUUAUGACAUACUUAGUUCACAAAGAGACAAUUCUUCCCCUUCAGAAAGAGAGGAAAGACUAUGUAAAUUAUAUAUGAAUGCACUGAAAUUAUAUUAUUUUACCUUUUGUGAAGAGGGCACACAGCCAGAUAAAUAACUAUCAGGGUCUAACAUUUGGGUGCUUUUCUAAUCUUUUAUUAUAUCUGUAAACUUUUACAAUCUUUCUUUAAAAUGUUACUUUUAAAAAUUACAAGCCACAUUUUUGUUUCAAUGCAAAAUAUGGUGCUGGAUUCCUAAGGCCAUUAACGACUGUGGCAAAUUACAUAAUGAUAAUUCUUCAGUGGUUGACUGGCUUGUUGUUAUUGGAAUGUUAAUAAAAGCUUAUUUUAAUAAA